CUGCACCACUAGGCGCACCCCUGAUGUAUGUGACCUUUAGCCCUCAACAAGCAUCAUCCCUUGUAACCAGUCUACCAGAUCCUGAAAAACAGCCCAUGCCAUUUUACAGAAGAGUUGCCCAGAUCCAGAAGGCAUACUCCUGUGCCUGGCGGGACCUGGUAAGUCUCUGUGAAAUCAAAGCAGGGGAUGCUUACUGGCCAGUAAUGCUAAGGUGUUUCAAAGUGGACAGUGGCAUCCCUGACAAUACAUAUGGUUCGGGAUGUGAGUUUGUGACGCAGUUACAACAGUGGGCACGUGACCGCCUGGCAGACCAAGCAACAAACAUCCAAGACAUUACACAAGAUAAGGCUGAAUCAGUUGAGAAAUUCCAUACUAGGAUGUUGCAGGUGUUCACCGAUUUGGGAUUCAGCACACAAAACAAGGCACAUACGCAGAUGCUAUCCUCUGCAUUUGUAACAGGCCUCAGGGACACAAUCCGGAAAGGCCUGCUACUAUCUCGGCCAGAGUACAGAGUGUUACCUCUUGACACUCUACUACUGGUAGCAAAGGGCAUAGAGUCCUCACAGGGUAAUAGGAAGGCAGUCCCUCUCAUGUUGACUUCUGACACACCAUACCCGCCACCACAAACACGAAACCCGCGAGCCUGCUGUUACAACUGUGGGAAGCCCGGACAUUUUCGGAGACAAUGCCGAAGCCCGUGGAGAUCCGAUCGAAGACAGCCCGAUCAUGGGGACCAAAGAAGAGGAGAUGCUCAACACCAAGGACAAAACGUCCAGGGGAAUCCCAACUCAGCACCCAAUGAUUGGCCUCCUCCUCCUCUGUUUGGCCAUAUGGAUCCAUAGGAAUUCGGCAAGCCUGUGUCAUACACUCCAACCAUGAUCGCAACACACAAAGAUUCAGGGGGACCUCUAGCCAAGAUAACACUCAGCAUCGAGGGCCGGCCCACUCAGUUCAUUUGCGACACAGGUGCUGCCCGGUCUGUUAUUCGAACGAAAGAAUUACCCGAUAUCUCCUUCCUAUCUGACAAUGACAUCACGUGCGUUGGAGUGGAUGGAACACCCCGAAAAAGUCCUCUAACCCGCCCCCUACAAGUUGGCAACAUCCCUGACCUGCUAACAAGAUUUGUGGUUUCCGACACCUGUCCCUUGAACUUACUAGGGGCUGACGUCUUAUCCAGACUCCAGGCCUCAAUCUCCUUCCAACCUGAUGGUGGUAUCCGAGUAACCUCACCACUGACUGAUGAAGACACGUCAGCAUUAUGCUCCAUUCCGCUCUUGCUGUCCCUAAACGUAGAAGACAAGACUGGAAUUCCGGAAGAGGUUUUAACCCGAAUACCUUCCUGCCUGUGGUCUACAGGCCCAGAAGACAUCAGUCAUCUAAAAGUCCCGCCUGUCAUGGUCAGAAUGAAGCCUGGUGCCCCUUUCCCCAGAAAACCCCAAUACCCCCUCAAGCCCUCCGUGUCAGCAGCAAUCACUCGCCAGAUAGAGGCCCUCCUCCAGAAUGGGGCUCUUAUACCCUGCACAAGCCCCUGCAACACCCCACUCUUCCCAGUCAAGAAGAAAACCCCAAAAGGAGAACCUGUGAAAUAUCGCAUGGUGCAGGACCUGCGAGCAGUGAAUGAAGCCACCAUACUGGAGACACCCAUCGUACCCAACCCACACACCUUGCUGGCAGGAAUACCACCCACGGCCAAGUACUUUACUGUGGUGGACCUAGCGAACGCCUACUUCAGUGUCCCCCUAGACCCGCGUUGUCAAUUCUUAUUCAGUUUCAUCCACGAAAGGAAAAGCUACACCUGGACUGUAAUGCCGCAAGGUGCCCAGAACUCCCCGUCCCAAUUCUCCAAGGCAAUGAAAUUCAUUCUGGACACGUGGAUCAAACUCCACCCAGACGUUGUGCUUCUCGAAUAUGUGGAUGACCUCUUGCUUUGCGCAGAUACCCAAAAUGAGGCUGCCACCCACUCUGAAGACCUUCUUUGUUACCUGGCUGAACAAGGCUGUAAAGCAUCAAAACAGAAGAUCCAGUGGUGCAAGCAAACAGUGGUCUUCCUUGGACAUUGUAUCUCACAAGGCGUAAGACAUCUUACUCAAGAACGAAUAGCUGUGAUCAAAGCAAUUCCGGUGCCAGUUGGCCACAAGUCUCUCCAUGCUUUUCUGGGCCUAAUAUCUUAUUGUCGUUCAUGGAUUCCAGAAGCAUCUCUGCUAAUGCAACCACUCUAUGAUGCUCUAAAGACUGAUCCUUUCACUCUGCCACCAGAGGCCCUUACAAACUUUGAAAUUCUGAAACAGAUCCUGUCGUCGGCCCCUGCCCUUGGCAUACCAGACUAUGAAAAGAGCUUCAAGCUAUUUGUCUCAGAGAGAGAAGGACACGCCACAGGAGUACUGGCCCAAUCUUGUGACAACAGACUUAGACCUAUCGGGUACUAUUCCUGUCGAUUGGAUCCAGUAGCUAGGGGGGCACCCUCCUGCCUCAGAGCUGUUUUCGCAGCCCAAGCCCUUCUGGACAAAACUGCAGAUCUUGUGCUGGGCCACUUCCUCAUCCUUCUAGCUCCGCAUGACAUAUCAGCCGUGCUAAACCAAGUACAACCAAAACAUAUGUCAGCAGCAAGACAUCUCAGACUACAAUGCACUUUGCUCCUCCCGGACAAUAUAUCCCUCCUCAGAUGUAACACCCUCAACCCGUCCACUCUGCUCCCGCUUUUCGAGGGGGGAAACGACCCUUACGAUAUCUCUCACGACUGUCUUGAAAUCAUGAAGAUGGAAACUACACACCUGCCAACAGUUAGCAGAGUGCCUCUGGACGACCCUGACCUGACUAUCUAUGUUGAUGGAUCAAGAUAUGCAGAUCAUGAAGGGAGGUACCACACCGGAUAUGCUGUCACUACCAGAGACACAAUCCUCCAUGCCUCUGCAUUGCCCCCCUCUAAGUCCGCACAAGAAGCAGAACUUCAGGCCCUAAUCAUGGCAUGCAAGCUGGCGGAAGGGAAGAGGGCUAACAUUUAUACGGACUCAAGAUACGCUCUUGGAGUGGCCUGUGAUUAUGGUGUCCUGUGGAAGAAUAGGGGUUUUCUGACAGCAGUGGGUACACCUAUAAAACACAGCGCAGCAGUCAGGGACCUGAUUGAUGCUCUGCUACUUCCUACCCAAGUGGCAGUUCUCAAGGUAAAGGCACAUGGCAGACUGAACACUCAAGAAGCACAAGGUAAUCACUUGGCGGACACUGCAGCAAAACAUGCCGCAAAAGGUGUGCGAGAAGUUGUACGCAGAGUGGACGUCCAAAACAUUCCAACACAAGAGACAGUACAAGCCACCAUGAUCUUGCAGAACCCUCCUGUGGAUUGGGCACGCUUGAAGGAAAUGCAAGAGGCAGCAAGUGAAGAGGAAAAAGGAACAUGGACGAAGAAGGGAGCCAUAUUGAAGGAUGGACUCAUGGAAGUGAAUAAGAGACCAUGUUUACCACGGUCCAUGUUCCCAGCUGUGGUGCAGUGGGCUCAUGGUGCUUCUCACCUGUCGAAGACCUUGAUGAAUGCUUUGAUCAAUAAAUACUACCUGGCCCCAGGAAUUACCCCACUUACCAACAACUUCUGUAAGUCAUGCGUCAUUUGUGCCAAGUGCAACCCAGGCAGAACAGAAAAGACACCCAUGAAACAUCUAGCUAAAGCUCAAUAUCCCUUUCAACGAAUACAGAUUGAUCAUAUUCAGAUGCCGAAGAGUGGCCGGUAUGAAUACGCUCUAGUAAUCGUUGAUAUGUUCAGUUCCUGGCCCGAAGCGUUCCCUGUGACCAACAUGACAGCGAAGACCACAGCCAAGAAGCUUCUAACGGAAAUAGUGUGCAGAUAUGGUGUCCCAGAGGUCAUAGAGAGUGAUCAGGGGCCGGCUUUCACGGCCUCGUUAACCAAAGAAAUAUGGACAGCCCUAGGGGUCACACUUGCUUUCCACACCCCGUAUCACCCUCAGAGCAGUGGGAAGGUAGAAAGAUUGAAUGGCACAAUAAAAUCCCGAAUGUUGAAAAUGUCUCAGGAGACAGGGAUGAGCUGGCCAGACAGUCUACCCAUCGCCCUGUUCAGUGUGAGAUACACUCCUAAAGAGAGCCAUGGUUUAUCACCUUAUGAAAUACUGUUUGGUUCAGCCCCGAGAUUAGGGUGUUAUUAUCCACAACAGUUAGAUCCUGAGUUAGAUACAGGAACACACAAGCUGGUCCCCGGUGAUUGGGUUCUGGUGAAGAAAUUUGUGCGAAAACACCCUCUUGAACCAAGAUAUGACGGUCCCUUCCAGGUCCUCCUAAUAACAGCUACAUCUGUGAAAGUUGCAGGGAAGAAUACCUGGAUACACGCCUCCCACUGCAAGAAGGUCACCAUACCCAAGGAAACGGAUAAAGAUAAAUCAUGA